AUAUAAGAAAAAAAGAGCUUAGAAAUCUCAAAUACAAUGGCUUCGAUUGCUAUUUCUGCCUCAUUGCCAAGAGCAUCCACUUCAAAUCAUGUCUUCGUGAAGAAAAACCCGACGCAAAAGGUAAUUAGUACUCUCGACGUCGGGGACCGAGAUGGUGUCGGUGCUGUGGAACGUCAUGGAAAUGUUGCAUCAGCUAGGGAGAAAGUAGAGGAAGAUAAUGAUGAUUGGAACCAUGGUGAAAAGUUCACAGAUAAGAGAUGGAAAAAUGGGACUUGGGAUCUCAAUAUGUUUGUAAAGAAUGGUAAGAUGGAUUGGGAAGGUGUCAUUGUUGCAGAAGCAAAGAGGAGGAAGUUUCUUGAAUUAUAUCCGGAAGCAGCUACAAAUCAAGAACCAGUCCUCUUUAGAAGCUCCGUCAUACCUUGGUGGGCAUGGCUUACCAAGUCUUACCUUCCACAAGCCGAAUUACUUAACGGUAGGGCAGCCAUGAUAGGGUUUUUCAUGGCCUAUAUAGUGGAUGCAUUAACAGGAAUUGGAAUAGUUGGGCAAAGUGGGAAUUUCAUAUGCAAAGCAGCUCUUUUUUUUACCGUCAUUGGUGUGUUGCUGUUCAGGCAAACUGAAGAUAUUGAGAGCUUAAGAAACAUAGCUGAAGAAGCCACCCUUUAUGACAAGCAAUGGCAAACUUCAUGGCAAAACCAAAAUGAAAAUUAGUUCUAUUCAAGAAAAGGGUAUUUAAAUCUUGUUUGAUA